AUGCCUUCGCUCCCACGACCCAGGAGUAGGCUGAAGACUGGCAAUGGCGAGGACGGUUCCCCAAAGCUUAGCACGUCGACUGCCAGGUCUAAUGACUCCUCUACUGGUCCACGCAUAAGGAAGCGUGAGAGAGACGACGAAGUUGACGAUCAAUGUCCAUCUGUUCACAACAAUGCCACCGUCAAUGUCGUCGAAGGAAGUCCAGGCGCUGGAAAUGUCGCAGCCCAAGAUUUGCCAAACAUCCAAGAGCCUGCUGGAGCUCAGUACGCCCCGCACGAUCCUUCUAACACCGAGCCGGAGCAAGCCCAGAGUAGCCAGGCGCUUUCGUAUAACGCAUUCGGAAUUAUGCUGGGUCAACAUCAGCAAGGUUUUCGCGGGCGGAUGAUGCAAAAGUUGUACCUCUUGGGAUUUCCGAAGCCCAAUGUUCUUCUCGUACCUGUGUUCACAGAAGAUCAGACGCUCAAAUUCGGUAUGUGCCCUUCUCAACCUUGUACUGCCGCUGCAGCUUUGCCCUGAGACUUCCCCCCUCAGACCUACCUCGCGAGCAGAGGCCCAAUGUGGCUAUUCACGCCGUCGUGCUGCUGGAGCACUCAUAUUUUCGUACCAUCCUGGAAGCGGGACCCUUCCAAAAUCAAGCCUCAGAAGCCAUGGACGUACGUACAACCCCACGAGGUCUCGCAAAGCACUGGUGCGCCUCUGACGAGCAGCAGUGAUUCAGCCGAUUUACAUAGAGCUAGAGAGCGACAUCUCUGGAGUGGCAGACAUAAGCCAAUACUUAGCGAGUAUGCUAAUCUUGUCGAACAGGUCGCCCUCGAUAGUCACUGACUUACCACAAUGCUGCUUUCCUCCGAAAAGCUCACGCGCGAUGCUCGAAAAGCCGCCGAAAUCGCCUCUGGAAAAGGCACAUUGCCUAGCCUAUACGAUCUUGCUCGCGGCGUAAGGUCGAUUGAGACGCAUCGAUAA